AAUAGUCAAACAUAUUAACACUAACCGAAGAUAACCAAAAAAAUUCGGUUAUAAUUCCUCUCCGGUUAGCAUCUCUGAUGUUGUCGACCAUGGCCUUGCGUAUCCCGUCUCGUCUCCUCUCCCAGCUGAAGCUAUCUCGGCGUCUACAUUCUCUUCCGGCACCGUUAUCUGAAGAUUCCGAUGAAGAAUCUUUACUGUUCUCAUCGAAUGGUCUCGAGAGCAGUUAUAUUCCCGUCGAUAGACGUUUCUACAACACGCUGUUGAAGAAAUGUACAGUCUUUAAGUUACUCACUCAGGGAAGGAUCGUUCAUGGUCAUCUUAUUCAAUCUAUCUUUCGUCAUGAUCUCGUUAUGUACAACACUCUUCUCAAUAUGUAUGCGAAAUGCGGAAGUUUGGAGGAAGCUCGUAAAGUGUUCGACAAAAUGCCUCAGAGAGAUUUUGUCACUUGGACUACUUUGAUUUCUGGUUACUCCCAGCAUGAUCGACCUUGUGAUGCGUUACUAUUGUUUAAUCAGAUGCUGAGAUUUGGAUUUAGUCCUAAUGAGUUCACUUUAUCUAGUGUGAUCAAAGCUGCUGCAGCUGAGAGGAGAGGAUGUUGUGGUCAUCAACUUCAUGGGUUUUGUGUUAAGUGUGGUUUUGAUUCGAAUGUUCAUGUUGGUAGUGCUCUUCUUGAUUUGUACACUCGCUAUGGUCUUAUGGAUGAUGCACAGUUGGUUUUUGAUGCGCUUGAGAGCAGGAAUGAUGUUUCUUGGAAUGCGCUGAUUGCUGGUCAUGCUAGGAGAUGUGGUACAGAGAAGGCUCUUGAGAUUUUUCAAGGGAUGCUUAGAGAGGGUUUUAGACCUUCCCAUUUCUCGUAUGCUAGCCUCUUUGGUGCUUGCUCCAGUACUGGGUUCUUGGAGCAAGGGAAAUGGGUGCACGCGUAUAUGAUUAAAUCCGGUGAAAAGCUUGUGGCUUUUGCGGGAAACACUCUUCUUGACAUGUAUGCGAAAUCAGGAAGCAUCCAUGACGCGAGGAAAAUAUUCGAUAGAUUGGCUAAAAGGGAUGUGGUGUCUUGGAACUCGCUGCUGACUGCUUAUGCCCAACAUGGAUUUGGAAAAGAAGCAGUGUGCUGGUUUGAGGAAAUGAGGAAGGGCGGGAUUCGUCCCAAUGAAAUCUCGUUUCUCUCAGUGCUUACAGCUUGCAGCCAUUCUGGUCUUCUUGAUGAAGGAUGGCAUUACUAUGAAUUGAUGAAGAAAGAUGGGAUAGUACCCGAGGCUUGGCACUACGUCACAGUCGUAGAUCUUCUUGGGCGAGCCGGUGAUCUUAAUAGGGCACUGAGAUUCAUCGAAGAAAUGCCAAUAGAACCCACUGCAGCCAUCUGGAAAGCUCUGCUUAAUGCUUGUAGAAUGCAUAAAAAUACGGAAUUGGGAGCUUAUGCCGCUGAGCAUGUAUUUGAACUUGACCCAGACGACCCUGGUCCCCAUGUAAUACUAUAUAACAUCUAUGCAUCAGGUGGCAGAUGGAACGAUGCUGCGAGAGUGAGAAAGAAGAUGAAGGAAAGUGGAGUGAAGAAGGAACCUGCUUGCAGUUGGGUAGAGAUUGAGAAUGCAAUCCAUAUGUUUGUGGCAAAUGAUGAACGUCAUCCACAGAGGGAGGAGAUUGCUCGGAAGUGGGAAGAGGUUUUAGCAAAGAUCAAGGAGUUGGGAUAUGUGCCCGACACUAGCCAUGUAAUAGUCCAUGUGGAUCAACAGGAGAGGGAAGUGAAUUUACAAUAUCAUAGUGAGAAAAUUGCUUUGGCAUUUGCGCUUCUCAACACCCCUCCUGGAUCAACCAUACACAUCAAGAAAAACAUCCGGGUUUGUGGGGAUUGCCAUUCAGCAAUCAAGUUGGCGUCAAAGGCGGUUGGGAGGGAAAUCAUUGUGAGAGAUACAAAUCGGUUCCAUCAUUUUAAGGAUGGUGCUUGUUCUUGCAAGGAUUAUUGGUAGUGGCCACUGGAAAAGUCAGUGGCUUCUGCCGGUGUGUGUGGAGAAAAGGCCAGUCGUUGAGAAUGAAUGGUUGUCACUGUAACACCCAUUCUCUAUUUGGUGGUAAGAGGUUUCUACCACCUUGAAUUUGGUUGUUGGAAGUGCUAAAGAAAGUAGAGGUGCGGAU